AGUGACCAACUUGACACUUCGCAUAAGAUGACAACAAAAAUGGCUGAAGUUACAAUAAAAUACUUACAAAAUAGGCAGCUGGUCACUCCACAACUUAAUUAGUUUUUUCGCGUCUGCGCAUUUGGUUUGUUGUCGUUAUCAAUUUUAUUUGAUUUGAAUAUAGCGAAAAACUAGCUAUUACAAUUGUGCCGGGGCAAAUGUAAUUGAAAAUUGUGUCAUAUUGGGAGAGCACGCGAAAAUGUCCGUAAAUAUUACUGUGAAUGGAAAAUUUCGAGCAUGUAAUAAACCAAGCAUUUUGGACGAUCCUGUGCGUGUAAAAAAGCAACUGGAAGGUGAGCUUCGUAAACAACGUUUACUUGAGGUACGGGAAGAGUCAAAAAAGUUGGCGCGAAAAAUACGCAAUGAUGUUGCGGCGGAAAAAGAUAGACAGCUGCGAAAUCUUGAGGCUAUUAAAGAGCAGGAACUUGAAUGUUGGCGGCAACAUGUAUUGGAUCAGAAGAAUAAUGAAUAUCGACAAGCUAUAUUUCAAAUCGGUACAGCACAUAAUGCCGCAAAAAUUGAGAACGAAGCAAUGGCAGAACGUCAAGCUGCAAAGGAGCAAGAGCGCAUACAAUUCAAAAAGAAAACCAAUGAACGGAUAGGUGCCAAACCCAAGCAAAAUGUAAAGAAGAUACUACAAACUGCCGGCACUCAAACACCAAAUGUUCUAAUGAAAGACAAAAAGAAAAAGACACCGAAAAAACGAAGACGAAAAAUUUGCCCAAAAGAUCACACAUCAACUUGCCACUGUACAAGUGCUGAGAGCGAGUCAGAUGACGAUGACAGUCAGCAUAGUGACGAAGAUGACGCAGAAAUGCUAAGUGAUUCCAAUAAAAGUGAAACGACAAAAUCUGUAACAAUUUGCCCAUGUCCGAAAGUAAUCAAAUGCCCAUGCACAAGCUCCUCAUCUUCUUCGCUACUUUCGUCAACGUGUACCGACGAAGAAGAACAGGAAAAGAGUUCUGAUGUAAAAAAUAAAAAAUCUGCCCUCAGCAAAAAUCCUGCUGUUAUUGUGGAUAUCGAUGUGGAUAGUAACGAUUCAAUAAGCAUAACAGCUGGGGAAAUUAAAGAUAAAUAUGCACAGAGCAACCGGCAAUUUCACCAUAUUGUGCGAAAUAGUAGUCCUGAAAAGCCAAUACGUGCCCAACAAAAAGGUAAAGCAGCAGCAACCACAGCAAAACCACGUUUCACACAAGUGUCGCAAAUUUUAAAUGCAAAGAGUGACACCAGCGUUUCACCUACACGUUCACGUUCACCACCUAAGCCCCCACCACCAUCGCUGGCAGCCACUACAGCCAGUACGACAGUUAAAUCGCCACAUAAAAGUAGUACAUCGGGUCGCAUACAAAUUACACUUUCAGGCAACACAGUUACAAUGGAUAGCUGUAAAAGUGAUAAGGAAAAAGAUGCGCGCGAAAAUAGCCGUAAUCGUGUCCAGUCCUAUGAUUACAACAACAAAUAUACGCGGGAUUAUGCACAACCCACCGAGGGUCUAGUGCAUGAACCUACUUUUCGCGAACGUAAUGGGCCGUGUGCAGUAGCACAAGCGGAAAUGGAAAGAGAAUUAGCAUUACACAGAGAUGAGGAGCGCAAAAGAAUGAGUGCGCGCUCGGAUGAACGUGGUCGUAAAGCGCUUGAACGCGAACAAGCACGUCGUGAUUGUGCUGAGCUUACAGAAAGGCUUGAUGCGUUAACGCAGGAAUAUCCACAACUGCUGAAUCCGACUGAUGUUAGAAUCCAAAAUCAUCAAUUAUAUAUAAGUCGUGAAGCACGCAUCGAACAAAAACGUAAUGCAGCCGUAGAAGACCUAUUUUUGCAUCCUGCAAUCAUCACCUGCCCAGAAAUUAACAAACAGCACAUUCGCAUUGGAAGUGCACAAGAAGGCGUCACCAACGCUAAAACCGUUGGCGAUAGUUUGAAUUUAGCUUCACCACAUGAUCAAAUCAAUAGUUCCUCUGACAGCCGUUGCUCUAUACUGCUCGGUUAUGUUGAUGAUCAGAAGAAGAAAAUACGUAAUGAUUUGCUGAAAUGCGCCGAUGGUCAGCCAAAUCAGAACAAACAAAAAGCUGAACGCUUAAAAAAAUUAUUGCUGCGCAUAGAUGAGUUGCGUAAAGCCUUGUGUGAGGAGCUGGAUAAGAAUGGCAGCGGUGAUAGCAUGCAGCAGGUGAUAAACGAUGUGAGCGAUGUGCGUCGCGAGCGUGAACGUAUGCUGAAUAAGGAUGUGCCGCAGGAAAAUGGCAGACAAUCGCCGUUGGGCAAACAUUUAAAUGAUGUCGAACAAAAAGAAGCUUUAUUGGAACAAAAGCUGCGUGAACUAUGUAAAAUGCAGAAACCACAAGGUAACCAAGUUAGCACAGAUAAAGUUCUUGAUAAACAAGCUGAAAAUUUAGUGAAAAAAUCAGACGGCAAGGAGUGCAGAGUGCAGGCUACAGGCAACAAACCGUUAGAAAUCAUAAUAAAGUUGAAGAAUGAAAGCAGCCGACGUGGCAAACAGAAAGUGAAAAAGCCCACAAAGAGUCCACGAAAAGUAUCCACUUUAAUUGAUACACCGACGCGCCGUUUAGGUGUUAAACGUUCCGCUAACAAUGUGCGUGAGAAACCACAACAACAACAAAAAGAGUCUACUAAUGAUAAGCACGGUGCUAUAAAUCGACAAAAUUCUUAUGACUCCAAUUCGACGUCAUAUCGCAGUCUACCAUCUCGCAUUGCCAACGACGUGGAUGCGCUGGUCGAUCAAUUAGAAUUAGGUGAGGGGGCAGACAUUCACGACGCUACUAAUAUACCAGCAACUGCUGUUGCCGUUGAAGCCCAGACGACGACACAGCCAACAAAAUCAACUCAACGUCCAGCGCGUUUGAAUCCGCUCAUAGCACACUAUGUGCAACGUCUGUUGGGUAUGUCACGUAAUUCCGUACUCGGUUUGGGCGUAAGCUCUUCGGACAUCGAAACACCCUCAUCUUCCAUUAUGAAUGUCAGUUCGAAUCGUGUAAGCGCCACAGUCAACUUGGCCGAUUCGCAAGAACGUAUACAACGUGUACAGCGGUUUAUCGAGGAAAAUCGUAGUUUUAUCAGUGAGUUGGAAGACACAUUGCGCACGCAAAGCGAUGUUACACUAGAGACUAGCAUUCGCAUGUUUGAGGAGAUUUGGCAACAACGACUGCGCAAGGAGCAGCACAGUGGCGGUGAAAAAGCAAUGAAACAACCACAAGCAAGACAGCGUAAGGAGAUAGCGCCAUCAGCUGCCGAUGCAAGAGUACGCGUACCGCGCGCUCAAGAAGCUAAAGUAACGCGCAAGGCAGAUAAAAGUUCAACCAAUACGCAUACACGUACUGUGAUGGCCAAUGCAUCACCUAGUGUAAGCCAGCAGCAGCGCGCGUCGGUGGAACAUACACGCGUGCCAACGGCAGUACAAGCCAAGCAGGCGCAAGGUCAAGCUAAACAAGCGCAGGGUCAAGCUAAAAAAGUGCAGGGUCAGGAUAAGCAGAUGCAGGGUCAGCACCCACGACAAGCCGCGCAAAAUGGGGGAAAAACAGCGCGCAUAUCAACGGAACGCACCGCCACUAACGCCAGUGCGGAUUCGCAACCGAAGCGUGAUAUCUCAGUUGACACAGAGGAGCGUCGUGCUGAAGAGCAAAUCGCACGGUAUGAGCAACUCACUGAGAACUGUACACAACGCAUCGCGGAAUUAACCGAGCUCAUACAAAAAGUGCGCACCGAAAAGAAACGCCUCAUGGAGGUCACACUCAGUUCGGUAAGUGAGGGACGCAACUCAACCGAAUACAUCGAAUUGCCCGAUGGCACGCGUCGACGCUCAAACGCAUCCGUCGAUAGAAAUACCAGCAUCAGCAGUGGCAGUAGUGCUGGCGCAAGCGUACGCCAGGCUCUGACAACACAACCAACCACCUCUAUAGACUACACACCGCCGGAUAUAUUGGAGCAGCAAACUGCCGCUACAUCAGCGGAAGGUUUAUCAGCGCUCGACAGCGCGGCGCCGCUUGAGAAGCACAAACCAACAGGUAUGAGUCACGAUAGCGGCAUUUCCAUUUCACGCCCAUUGACAGCACAGGAUGUGGAACCACCAUCGCAAGCUUCGAGCACAACACAUCCGAGUCACCAUGGCGGCGGCGGGCGUAAGGCGCGACCACCGCCUACUUUGCAACGUUACAGUCCUAACUUUGCCGAAGAUGAUGUAGUACACGAGCUAUCCACCAUCAUCGAGGUAGACACACCGGCUACAUCGCGAGUAAAUGCCACAACUGUUAGUGCAGCUGCUGCAGCAGCUGAGGCUUCACGCAGCAGACCUUUGCAACCGCAACCCUUCCCCACAUUCGAAGAAUAUGCGCGUGAAAUGAAUUUGGAUGUCACACAGUUGGAUGCGGACACCAGCCAACGCAUAAAUCAGGAAUUUGAAACGCUAAUCGCACAACUGUGUAAUGCGCAGAGUGGCGCAGUGCCCGACUAUCGUGAGUUUCCAUCGCUUUCAGCAUAUCUGCGCAAUUUGAGUGUACCACAAGAUGGCGCUGAACAGUCACAAUCACCGGAAACUAUCGACGACUUGGUCUCCUGCCUACGCAUAGCAAAUCUCUCCAUAAAACCGUUCCCGACGCGUCAGGAAUAUUUACGCCAAUUAGCAACAAAUUCUCAGAGUGGUGAGUUUCUCGAUAGCGCCAGUCUGGAAAACAUCUCCGACGCACGUACGAACAGUAAUACAGAAACCGAAUCGGAAUCGAUAAACAUUGAAGAGGAGCUGAGACGACGUCAACUGCUACAGCAUUCUUUUCGCACGGCCAAAACAAAAGAGCAAAUAUUCUCCUCCACCGUGAGGGAUGCCGGUGAAAAUGCGCGCACCAGUCAUGCACGUGUCUUCGCCGCAGAAAGCGGCAUUGAGAAGCUCUCCUCAACAUCUGAGAAUGGUUCAAGUGAAUUCGAACGCCAACUAUUCAGUUUGGGCAUGAAAUGGCCGGCAACAAUGCGUGCGCGCACCAAGGAGGCAAAGGCGGUCGGCAAUAGUAACAGCUCAAGCAGUCCGGAGCGUGUGGCACCCACAACUGGCGCCACUGCUCAGCGUAAUAGUCCGAGAAAAGACGUCAAUAAUGCGGUGUUGAAGAGUCCACAGCGCUCACCAGAUUCUACAUUGCGUGGUGUCAGCCCUAAACGUGUGGAAACGGUAAAAAUCAGCGCUACUAAGGAAGUUCAAUUUGAGCGUAGUGUCGAUGAGCGUUCACCAAUUCAUAGUCCAACGCGUGAGGCAGCAAAACAAAAAUUAAGACAUAGUCCUGAGCGUCUUGAGGUCAACACCAACAAAGAUACCUCGCACCAGAAACAGCGAAGCAUCAGCCCCACACAUGAUAGGUCCACCAAGGACACAGCGGGGCAUGAUGCGUCACGAAAGAAUAAAAGCUCUCAACCACGCUCUAGCGAUUGCGAGUUCCUAAGCGACUUCGGACGACCGUUAAAUUUACGCGAUUUCCUCACCAAAGAGCUGCUGAAGCAUGCCAGUUCUUCGAGCACAUCAUCGACUCCAACAGACGAAUCGUUGCGCAGUGCCUUCCUGCAAUCCAUCAUUGAAACGAUGACACCGCGCACCAAUAACGGCGGCAGCACUCAACUGGACAGACAGAAGACUUCCACGCCGGUUACACAUUCCGCAAGCUCGAAUGCGCAAAGUAGCGGUGAUCAAAGCGUAAGCAGCGCAACCAAUACACAAUCACAACUAUUUUCCGGCGAAAGUUGCAUUUCUUCGGUGCGCUUCUUCGAACGCUCCAUAACGCGCACAUAUCCGCGAAAUUCGCCAACAGGUGAUGGACAAAAGAAAGCGACAGAGGAGCAAACAAAUGACGAUAAUGCCAGUCAAAAAUAAAGUUUUUGCCUGUAGCUUCGGUUUGCGCGCAUGCCCCGUGUGCCUUUGCUCUUAAAUAGCUAUAUAUAUUUAAUUUAGUUUUAACAUUUUGCAUUUUUUUUACCUACACACAAAUUCAUUAGCUAAUUGUGCAACCCGUUGAUGAUAUAUAGCGACAAAUACAUACAUACAUACAUACAAAUAUAUAUAUUUAAGUAGAUAAAUAAGCCACUUGUUAUCAGUAUAAAUACCUAUUUGUUAAAGAUUUUAUAAUAAUUGCAUGCAUAAUGAUUUUACAUACAUCCAUAACACAUUGGAGCUUGUAUUGGACGCAUACAGCCGAUGUGCCUAGGUCUGUAGAUGAUUUUUAUUUGUUCUAAUUUGAUUCGGUGUAUUUUCGAAAGCAAUAUUGAUAAAGACACACAUUGAUUGUUAAUUAAUUAAGACGAGAAGCAGCGCAAGAGUAUGUAAAAUGCUAUGAAAAUAAAUAGAAUAUAUUGUGUAUACAUA